AUGAAGGUCCUGCUGAUGCUGGUGAUGCUGUUUGCCUGCAGUGUGCUCUCAGCUGAUGGGAAGCACCCACGUGCCUUUGCCCCAGGACUCGAGGGGAGCACUGUAGGAAACCUCACAGCCCAGAGCUGCUACUCAGGACGGGGCAGAGGCACAAUGAGGGCUUCACUGGACAGGUGCUGCCUGCUCCGCUCCUGCUGCUACGCCAGGCUGGCUGCUCGGCGCUGCCGUGUGGGACCCAUCCAGCCCCUCUCAGCAUCCCAGCCCGGGAUCCCCAGCUGCAGAUCUGGGUCCUGGUGCCAGCGGGGUGCCUGCAGAUGCGAUCGGGCAGCUCGGCUCUGCCAGAUGCGCGACCGGAGGCUGCGGCAGCCUCGCCGCAAGUGCCGGGGCCGAGCCGGGCGGUGUUGA